AGGCUUCCAUUACUGAACUGAAGAAACGCCGCCGUAGAGAGUCCUCGCCUUUUUUUUUAUAUACUCACUCAUUUAAGUAAAUAAACUAGGUUACUCGUGAAUUAGGUGACCGUCGAGUGAAACACUACUCCCCUAGUCACCGUGGUAUGCUGUUUGAGUAGUAACCGGGAGUGUAGUUAGCGUUUUAUUCCCCCGUUUUAACUUUUUCUUAAGCGGCGUUUUUUCCGCCGUUUCUUUCCGCCGUUGCUCUCCGCUCUCUCUACCUAACUCUCUCUGUGUGCGAGCAGCGCGGCCUGCGACGCUGGUUUGGCCACGAGGCGCCGUCGGUACUAGUCGGUUCAGGGGCGAUGGCGGAGUUCGGUAACGGACUGGCGGAGGAAUCCCUGCUAGACUCAGACCCGGGACAUCCUGAGCUGGAGGACCCGGGCGUCGGCGACGAAGAGCCGGGGCUAGAAGAAGGAGAGGCCGCGAUUGAAGACCCGGAGCUGGAGGCAAUCAAAGCCCGGGUUAGAGAGAUGGAGGAAGAGGCAGAGAAGCUGAAGGAGCUCCAGAACGAGGUGGAGAAACAGAUGAACCUCAGCCCCCCACCAGUCGGCCCCGUCAUCAUGUCCAUCGAGGAAAAGAUGGAAGCAGACGGCAGAUCUAUUUAUGUUGGAAACGUGGACUACGGUGCCACGGCAGAAGAGCUCGAGGCUCAUUUUCAUGGCUGCGGUUCAGUAAACAGAGUCACCAUCCUGUGUGACAAAUACACAGGGCAUCCCAAAGGGUUUGCCUAUAUUGAGUUUGCAGACAAAGAGUCGGUUAGGACAGCCAUGGCUUUGGAUGAGUCCCUUUUCAGAGGAAGGCAGAUAAAGGUGGGCGCUAAAAGAACAAACAGACCAGGCAUCAGCACCACAGACCGCGGCUUUCCACGGGCUCGGUUCCGGUCACGGGGAGGAAGCUUCUCAUCGCGUGCACGCUACUACAGUGGCUACACACCACCCAGAGGCAGAGGACGGGCCUUCAGGUUUCAGGACCAGUGGAGGCUGACGACCCCUCCCCAGGUGGCGCAGGCCCCCCCCACUGUCUCCGCAGCGUCUCUCUCUCUCUCUGCUCCCGCUAUGCACACUCACCCCAUCCUGUCCGUGUGGGGGGGCGGGGGAGGGGGACAGGGCGACCACAGGCCCGCCGCGGGGGGCAUUUACUACAACAGCAAACGCUGAUGAUGCUUUUAGUCCCUUUUCACACUUCAACUCACUCACACGCACACACACACAUGGACGACAAACACACACACACACACCUGUUCAACAUGCACCACAGCACACUGCAGCACACACGGCACUUAACAGGCAGCCAAUCCAACACAUGAUUUAUAUACAAGAGAGCUGAAGCCAACAUAGCUGAGUGGCGGGCAGGCAAGUUUGCGUGAGAGUGAGGAAGGCAGGACCAGAGACGAGGGUGUUUUUUGGGGUGUACAGUGCGGACCUUAAGGCGCCCCCUUUCUCUGACUACGCGCAGUGCAGUCACGGCUUGUCUGAGGAAGGCUGACGAGCUAACGGCAUUGAUUAUUAAUUUAAUGAAUGGAGUGGGUCGGAGAUGUUAUUUUAGGGUGGGGGAAAAUAGGGGUGGGGUUUGUGUGGAGACUUUUUUUUUUUUUGAAAAGGGGGAGUGGGUUUGAACAAAUGUUCUGCUUUUUUUAUUUUUAUUUUUAACCCAUGAGUCUGUAAUUAGAGAAAAAAAAAAAUAAAGAAAUUGUGUAAAAAUGA